CAGUUGAAAAUCUUCACGAGGUACAUCUGAAAUGUGUUCUCUCCCCGCCUACGGCCUGCGCUGCUGCUCGCCGAAAAAUCAUACGAAGCGCGUGUGCACUGCACGUUUUUUCGAGGCUCAUAGCUUAGCCUAGCUUCUUCAGCUGGGCAGGGAUAUAUAUAUAUAUAAAAAUUCUCGUGGUUUAAUAUUACGGACUAUAAUAUACUCGGCGGAGACUGCGUGCGCGCGCGAGUGUCUAGUUCUGUUACACGGCCCGAAAAUUGAGAUUACUCGUGCCUCGACUCUCCGACGGUGCAGAGCCCCGACAGAGACGGAUCUCGUUAUAAUCUUCCCUCCUCUUGCUGGCUGACACGCGAGAUUAUUCUCAGAUAGGCAGCAACACUCGAGUCGGACUUCUGUUGGCUCUAUCUCUCUCUUUCACGACGACCCUAUAGAGGAUUUACCUUUUAAUUUUUGGGAUUAUGGCAAAGAGCGAGGAUCAAUGCAUCAUGAAGCCGUCCAAUCGUAGGAAGAAUAGGAGCAAUAAGAACAAUUCCAAAAUGGAAUUGCCAACCACACAAGCAUUAGUUGUUUAUGUUUCUCGUGAGGAUUGGAUUAAAUCUGUACUUGAAGGAAAGGGUGGAAGGGUCCACAGCCCUGUACAUGUACAUAAAGUAGAGAGCGUAGUAGAAGAAGAAGUAGUAGAUUACACUAAUUAUAAAUUUGAAGAUGACAUCCUUUAUUUAAGAUCUCUCGAUCCUAAAGAAUGGAAGGAACAGGAUCACUACGCUGUUCUUGGUAUCAAAGAACUCAGACAUAAAGCUACAGAGGACGUUAUCAAACGUGCGUACAAACACAAAAUUCUGAAACAUCAUCCUGACAAAAGGAAAGCUCAGGGAGAAGAAAUCAGAGAAGACGAUGAUUACUUUACUUGCAUAACAAGAGCUUGGGAAACCCUUGGUAAUCCAAUUAAGAGGAGAAGUUAUGAUAGCGUUGAUCCUAAGUUCAAUGAUGCCUUACCCGAAGAAAAAGCUGCUAAAGAUAACUUUUAUGUUGUUAUGACAAAAGCUUUUAAUGAUAAUGCUAGAUUUUCUAAUAAACAACCAGUUCCAAAAUUGGGUGAUCCUUCUACUCCUAGAGAACAAGUGGAGAGUUUCUAUUUGUUCUGGUAUGACUUUGAUUCCUGGCGUGAAUUUUCUUAUGAGGAUGAAGAGGAUAAAGAAAGCGGUCAAGACCGUGAAACACGCAAAUGGAUUGAGAAGAAAAACAAACAAGUCCGUUUGAAAAAGAAAAAAGAGGAAGGAGUUAGAAUCCGUACUUUAGUAGAUAUGGCUUACAAUUUAGAUCCUAGAAUACGUGCUUUCCAACAGGCAGACAAAGAAAAAAAAUUAGCUAUUAAACGUGCCAAACAAGAAGCAGCUCGGGCUCGCCAAUGGGAGGAAGAACGAGAAGCCCGAGAAGCUGCUGAGAAAGAACGUAUGGAAAAAGAGAAGAAAGAGGCUGAAGAAAAAGCAAAGGCCAUCGAAGCAAAGAAGGAGCGUGAUGCUUUGAAAAAUGCACUUCGCAGAGAGCGCAAAGCUUUUAGAAAUAUUUGCAAGGCUGAAAAUUACUUUACACAAGACACAGAGGAAAUGAUAAAACACAUGGAGAACGUGGAAAAAGUUUGUGAACUCUUCAAACAUACACACCUCGCUGAAGUGACCAAAUCGAUCACUGAAGAGGGCAAACCAGCUUUCCUUCGAGUUAUGCAGGAGGUCGAGGAGAAAAUUGAAGCGGAAAGACGCGCUCCUUUCGGCCAAUCUGACAGUAAAAACUUGUUGGACAAGCAGGUGAAAGCUCACACGGCCCCUUGGUCCGAGACGGACCUGCAGCUGCUGAUCAAGGCCGUGAAUCUGUUCCCGGCCGGGACGAAUCAGCGCUGGGAGGUCGUGGCCAACUUCAUCAAUCAGCACAGCGGCAACGCCGAAGUGCGCCGCGAGGCCAAGGAGGUGCUGGCCAAGGCCAAGGACUUACAGUCCACGGACUUCAGCAAGUCGAGUCUGAAAGAGCAGGCCAACAAGAAGGCCUUCGACAACUUCAUCGCCGAGAAGAAGCACAAGGACGUGGACGAGCGCAUGCCCGCCGUCACCGAGCGCAUCGACAAUCCUCUUCAGAAUGGCAAGCCAAGCAGAGAUGAAAAGAAAAAAGCAGCCGCUGCUCCGGCUGAGAAAUCAGCGAAAUCGACGACGACGACGACCACUGCCAAAGUGCCGGUUAAGGAACCCUCGCCAGCCAAAGAACCCGCCGCCGUGAUAGCCAAGGAGUCAGCAGCAGCCACGACGACAACGACAAAAGCAGCCCCACCAAAGUCCGAUAAGCCCGUCCCAAAGCCAGCGAAGGUGGUGAACGCGGUGGCACCGACCCCUAAGGAGCAGCCACCGACGACGCCGUCAAAGAAGGAAUCGUCUCCUCCGAAAAAAGUGACACUCGUCAAUGGACCGAGCUCGCAACAGGCAGCAGCAACGGCAUCGACGAAACCCGUGGCAACGGUGGCUCCGAUGUCAGCCGUCGUCAACGAUGCUACCUCGUCUGCGUCGACGACGACGACAACGACGACGACGACGACGGCGAACAACAAUGCCCCGUGGACGCCUACGGAGCAGAAACUCCUGGAGCAAGCCUUGAAAACUUACCCGGCCACCGUGUCGGAUCGUUGGGAUCAAAUAGCCGCCUGUCUGCCUUCGAGAACGAAAAAAGAUUGCAUGCGCCGAUACAAGGAAUUGGUCGAAUUGCUAAAAGCAAAGAAAGCAGCGGCGAACUUAAACAAAUCAUAAUGACAUUGUAGUUAGAUAAAAUCACGUUGAAAAAUGUCUUCUUGACGUGAUUACAUUAUUAAUUUUUGCAAAGAAAAAAAAAAACUAGAAUAUUUCAAUUAUUACAAACUGGUCGGCAUUAACUUUCAGUACUAACGCAUCUGCAAAGGGCAAUGUUUUUCCAGAUUGACUUGAUUUUUAUUGACAACUAUUUUUGAAGAAAAUAAAAUAAUAAAUAAUAAAUAAUAAUGAUAAAUAAAACAAAUACCUAGGAAGAGUUCGCGAGCAAUUGAACUGUGACGCCGAGCUUUUGUGAAAUAAAUAAAAUAAUUUUUAGUAACAAAGUGAUCUUUAUGAUACAAAAUAUUGAGUUUAGUUUUUAAUAUUGAAGAACUGUAAAUCUUUAAGGAUGAAAGCAAUCGCCGUUGGGGAGGAGAGUAAAUUAUUCAAUGUUUUUCAAUUUUUACUUCUGUCGUUUAUUAUAAUAGAAUGAUUGUAACUAAUGUAUUAUAACAAAAUUGAUGCUAUAAGAUGGCAGAUCUAAUGAUAAUGAUUAAAUCAAAUUGUUUGAUAGCAAAUAAA